AUGCACUCUUCAUAUUCACCCGUGCCUCUCGCCCGAGGCAUUACUGUCGCAACGAUCCCCUCGCACGGCACAGGUGAGAACCUCACCGACCGACAGCUCCGCCUCAUCCUCCGACUUAGCCUGAGAGGCAGAUACGAACGGGCCAGCAAUCUCUGGGAUACCAAAGGUCGAGUGGCGAAACCGCGUAGAGAUUUCUAUGAAGGGUUGACUUCGGCGGAGCUGGCGGAGGUGGGGUUGCAGCGAGUUAAGGAAGGUGGAGAGCGGAGAGAUGUGACUAGUUAUAGGGUGCGGAAUUUCAAGGUCACGGAUGCAGAUUGGGUUGCUGGAUGGGUCUGGGAGCAGAAUGUUAGGGACGGUAUUGCUGCUAAUGCUGCUGGGGAUGGUUAUGGAGUUGCUGUUGCGGAGGGUGAGGGUGGACAUGGUGGGGUGGAUAGCAUGGACGUGGAGUUCGUUGAGGGAGCGGAGACGGCGUUGGCGCUUCUAGGCGCUCAACUCAAUCUGCCGGUAGAGAAAAAUGGAAGAACAAGGGUCCUUGUUGUUUGGUUGCACAGCUUGGACGUGGAAGUUGAGCAAGAUGGAUUGGAGAGCAUCGGCAGCGCAGAAUCGGGUGGUGAGGUUGUUGACAUGGGGGAGAAAGAGGAAGAGGAAAAGCACGAGGAGUAUCACACUAGAGGGCUCCUACUCGACACGGACCAAAUUACGGUCGGCAAAUUGCUCCACCAAAUCGACACGCUCAUCAUACAAGAAUAUCCACAUGAUGCCUGGACAUCUUUGAAGCUGUGCAAGGUCAUUCUCGGUGCUUGUGAUGAUGAUGAUCUCGAUGAAGAGCAUGAACAUCCGGAUUCAGAAGUCCCUGAGUGCUUAGAGAUAUUCGUCGGAUACGAGUAUGUUGGUGAGAAAAUUGCUCGGGCUGCUCGUGAUGCUUGGCAGAGAGAUUUCUGGAGACAAGCACCCAGAUAA